AUGUCACCUUCGACUCCGGCCGCCAAAAUCAUCGUCAUCAUCCGGAAGCGCCCGGACAUCUCGCUGGAUGAAUUCCAAACCCACUACGAGAAGAACCAUGUGCCGUUGAUUCUCAGUACCUGCCGUGGCAUGUCGAAAUACGUGCGCAACUACGUGCAACCGGGCUCGGACCUACACCCCACGGGGCACAAGGCCGAGUACGACUGCGUCACCGAGGCCUGGUUCGAUACGCUCGAGGACUUUGAGAAGUUCAAGGCCGACUUCGCAAAUUCGGCGGCCAUCGCGGCGGACGAGGAGCGCUUCGUGGAUAAGUCGUCUCUUCAGCUAUUUCAGGUCACCGAGGCCGGUGGAGUUGUUUGA